AAACCUACACAUGACAUUAUUUUAGGCAAGAUCCUCAAUAACUUGGAUAAUUAGAAAUUAAUUAAGGUGUGUGCUGCAGAGAAAUUAGUGCAACCAAGCAGCAUGUACUUGAAUUAAAUUAGGCAUUUAACAUGUGCAAAUGAUAAGCUGCCUGAUCUUAAAGGGACGAGGCGGUAACUUAAUUUGGAAGCUGCAAGUUUCUUCAGAGCUAGUGGCAAUAGUUCCUUACGUGGGAUUUGUAAGUAUGGGUGGGGGUUGGUUUGGACUGGGAGUUUGGCUGGUCUUGGUUAAUAGUGGAGUUGUCUGUUGUGCCCAAAAAGGGUUUUGGAGGGUUAGCCCACUUAUUCACCCUAGACUGGAGUGUGGAACACAGAGUCUGCAGUACAACAUUCCUACUGGGCCCCAGAAGGCUCCUUCUGUGAGAGUGACUGCUCUAGAUAAACUAGGAAUCGUGGUGGAGUUGUCCAACAGCAGUGACUGUGGAAUAUGGAUCAGUGCAAACUCUGAUGGUUCCGUUACCCUCAGUGCUGCCUAUAAUGGAUGUUAUGUUCAUCAGCAGAUCUAUGACCAUGUCAUGACCAUCUCCAUUGAAAAAGGAUAUUCUUUUGGAAAAUGGCUUUCCCCCAAGAUUGAGGAGCUCAGAUGUCCCACCUUGCAAGCUCUCACUUCUGACCAUUGUUCUGCCAUCCAAAAGAAAGAGCGAAUCUCUUGUUCAGAUCCCUCAAUCUCCCAAGAGGCCUGUGAGAAACGGCAGUGCUGCUUUGACUCAAGUGAUGAAAAUAUCCCUUGUUAUUAUGGAGGAAAGGUAACUGUGCAAUGUACGCAUAAAGGACAGUUCUCUAUUGCUUUGUCAAAAGACCUCACCGUACCGCCACUCAAUAUGGACUCUAUUUACUUAAUGAAAGGACAAGGUGCUGUCUGCAAGCCUGUGAUAAGGACUAAUAAUUUUAUCCUUUUCCAAUUUCCCCUUUCAUCCUGCGGUUCAAUUAUCAAGGAAAUGGAAAACCAUGUAAUUUAUGCAAACAAUCUGGUUCUGGAAACUGAUAUGGCAAACCCAAUAGAUGUCCUGCUUUCCAGUGACAGAACUUUGCGGCUACACAUCAAAUGCCAUAUUCCUUCCAUUGACGAAGUUAAAGAACAUGAUUUAUCUCUGCUAACCCUCACUUCCUCCACCCAUGAUGACCCAUUGAAUCCAAAUAUGACAAUUGAAGAAAGUAUUUCUGAUAAGCAGGAUCCUAAGAAUGGUUCCAAGCUGGUGUCUUCCAAAGGGGUCGUUUUCCUCCCAGCUGACAUCCCGCCAGCUUCUCCCAUUACCAAGAGCCCACUAGACAAACGAGGGAUCAGGAUAGCCAUUGUUAUCGGAGUUACCGCAUUUAUCAUUCUGACAAUUGGACUCUGGCGGCUACUCAGAAAAUCUACACCUGCGUCAGUGUCUGAAACCUUGGUCAGCUAGAACUAUUGAAUGGUCUUCUCUUCGCUCUGUCAUUUAUGUGGUAGAAACCAUAAGCACUGGUUCUUCAUCCUCCUGGAUCUACAUCAAGUCGAAACCUACUUUUAAAACGUACAAAUUCUCUUCUUUCAGGUUGCGAGGGUCCUCUGACACUACUAAACACUGCCACCCCAAUCAUCUGCCUUUGGAUAUUGUAUUCACUGCCCCUUACAAGAAUACCAUUUGCUGUUUGCAGUGGCUGAAUAGGAAAACAAAUACUUGAAAAAAUUAAAACAAAAUCUGAAUUGAAGUUGUCUGUUUGCAUUUACUAGACAUUAACCGGGGGGCAUUAUGUCACUGAUCUGAUGAGGGCUUGCUUGGAUAUCAAGCAGGAUGGACAGAACCUCGUUGGUUGGAAGCUUCGUCAUGGCACAGCUAGGGUUGCCACCUGGCCAGUCGAAAUGAUGCUUACAAUGUAAUUAAUAGGCGAGAAAUAUUUAUUUGUAGGGAGACCACAGCAGCCUUUGUGAUCAGUUCAAGUGCAAAAUGACUGUCUCCUGCCCUAGACUGGCAACCUGUGGAUUCUGGUAAAUGGCAGAGGGGCUGUGGUAAGGUUCCAUAUUUAUUGAGCUGGUUGGGUCUCUGUUAGGUAGGGUUGCCAGUUUGAGAAACGUGGUUGCUAGUAUCCUAGCAGGGCUCCCUGAAACCUGAUUGAUUUUAUUUAAAUUUGC